CAUUAAAGAGGAGCAGCUUCAUGAUGAAGAUGAAGCUCAGUCCUUCCAGCUUCAUCACAGUCAAAGUGAGGAGAACAGAGGGGCGGAGCUUGUAAGUCAACACAUCACAGAAGCUGAUGGAGAGCAUUGUGAAGAUAUCAAGUCAGAACCAGACAGCAUCUUUGCUCCACUGUCAGACAUGGACCACAUGAUGUCACACUCUUCUGAUCACAGUGACCACAUCCAAAAACCUUUGGAGAGUAAAAAUGACUCUAAAGGUGAUACGAGACAUCACACUAACAACAAACACUUUGACUGCUCUGAUUGUGGGAAAUCAUUUAGACAGAAGAGUCAUUUUACAGUACACAUGAGAACACAUACUGGAGAGAAACCUUUUGCUUGCUCAGCUUGUGCUAAAAGAUUCAACACUAAUAAGGAACUUAUAUUACACGUGAGAACACACACAGGUGAGAAACCUUUUACGUGCUCCGUUUGUAAGAAGAGUUUCUCCACAAAACAGUACAUGACCACACACAUGAGAAUACAUACUGGAGAGAAACCUUUUGCUUGCUCAGCUUGUGCUAAAAGAUUCAACACUAAGAAGGAACUUAUAUUACAUGUGAGAACACACACAGGUGAGAAACCUUUUACUUGCUCCGUUUGUAAGAAGAGUUUCUCCAAAAAGGAACACAUGACCAGACACAUGAGAACACACACAGGUGAGAAACCUUUUGCUUGCUCUGUUUGUAAGAAGAGUUUCUCCAGAAAGGCACACAUGACCACACACAUGAGAACACACACUGGAGAGAAACCUUUUGUUUGCUCAGCUUGUGCUAAAAGAUUCAAAUCUAAGAGGGAAAUGAUAUUACACAUGAGAACACACACAGGUGAGAAACCUUUUACUUGCUCUGUUUGUAAGACGAGUUUCUCCAGAAAGGAACAAAUGACCACACACAUGAGAACACACACUGGAGAGAAACCGUAUAGUUGCACUGUGUGUGAUAAGAUGUUCAGGUUUAAGAAUCAGGACAGUAAACACAAGUGUGUAACAGUCAUGGAAGCUGCAGGGAUUUAAAAACACUUAAACAGUGAUUGUGCUAAAUGUAGUUUAAAAACACAGCAUGUAUAAUAUGAAUGUAUAUUUGAUGUUG